ACGAAGGUGCUAACAAUGUGCAUUGGAACAGACACACCGGGCAGUGCGCCGGAGUUGGGAGCGGGACGGGCAACGCAGCGACCGGGAGGGGAGGAAGGGAGGAGGAGGAGGAGGAGGAGAAAGAGCAGGAGGAGGGAGCAGCCGGCAGCACGCACCGGCCAUCGGGGCUGGCCGGGCCGGCGGGGGCUAUUGUGUGCACCAGCCGGGGACGCGCACACACACACACACACACACAUACAGACACACACACAUAGAGACACGCUCGCACACACACACACUCACACACUCACACCCGCAGCUCGGAAGGAAAGUAUCGCGAGAGCGGUCGGCGAACAACCUGCUCCGCAGCCCCGUCGGCCCCGCGCCGCACCCGCGGAGCGCCGCGCACCGCGCACAUGCGGCCGCACAGCCCCGCAGCCGCACGACGGUUAUGAAGGAAGAAUGGAGUUUCCAGACCAUAGCCGCCAGUUGCUGCAGUGUCUGAGUCAGCAGCGUCACCAGGGCUUCCUGUGUGACUGUACUGUGUUGGUUGGAGAAGCUCAGUUCCGAGCACACAGAGCCGUCCUCGCCUCUUGCAGCAUGUACUUCCAUCUUUUCUACAGGGACCAGUUAGACAAAAGGGAUAUUGUGCAUCUGAACAGUGACAUUGUCACGGCCCCUGCCUUCAGCCUGCUGCUUGAAUUCAUGUACGAGGGGAAGCUGGAGUUCCACAGCCUCCCGGUGGAAGACGUGCUAGCAGCUGCCAGCUACCUCCACAUGUAUGACAUUGUGAAAGUCUGCAAGGGCAAGUUGAAAGAUAAAGAAUCGGGCUUGGAGGAGAAGCCGGGCGAUGAGGCGGCCGUGCUGGACAAAGCAGAGCGUUUCCUCGAUGAGUUUGAGCCGGGGGGCAAAGUGAGAUCGGAAUAUGAGCGGGCCGUGGGCAAGGAGAAGGUGGGCUCCCACCCUGCUUGGCCCUGUGGCCCCCCCAGCCUCAGCCCGGCCGAGGCAGAGCCCUGUGCGGCGGCAGCUGGAAAAACAAAGGCGAAUGUCAAUAGUUGUGCGGGACCUUUGUCCCAAAGGUCUGCCAGCCGUCCCCCGGUGUCGAGCGAGGCCGACUGCGCGCUGGAUUUGUCUUUCAAACCCGUGCUGGGGAGAGAUUCCUCGCAGCCCUCCUAUGCCUUCGGACAGCUGGCUUCCGACAGCCAGCAGCAGGGCACCGAGCCGCUGGUGAAGGAUGAACAAGAGUCGCUGUCAGAGCGGGAGGACGGCGAAGCCGGCAGUCCGGAGAGUCAGCAUUUUGGGAACUCUGCCAAGAGCCUGGUGACAGGGUUAGGACACAUGUUCGCAGGGAAUGGCAGCUCUCACGGCCGGGAGGAGGACCUCGACCAAGAGCGAGAGGAGAGCGAGGACGACAUGGACCCUGCGGACAUCUCUGCGGGCGUGCUGGUGCCCCCGGGGCACAUCUGCAUCUGCCCGCUGUGCAGCAAGGUGUUCCCCAGCCCGCACGUCCUACAGCUGCACCUCAGCUCCCACUUCCGCGAUAAGGAUGGCACGAGGAGCCGCCUAUCCCCCGACGGCGCCGUGCCCACCUGCACCCUCUGCGGGAAGACUUUUUCCUGCAUGUACACCCUGAAGCGGCACGAGCGGACACACUCGGGUGAGAAGCCCUACACCUGCGGGCAGUGCGGGAAGAGCUUCCAGUACUCCCACAACCUGAGCCGCCACGCGGUCGUGCACACCCGCGAGAAGCCCCACGGCUGCAAGUGGUGCGAGAGACGCUUCACGCAGUCGGGGGAUCUGUACAGACACAUCCGCAAGUUCCAUUGUGGCCUUGUCAAGUCUUUGGUUGUUUGAGACAUGGGAUUCUUAUUAUUUCCCCCACCCUCUUAAAGCAGGGAAAAAAGGCAGCAUUUGAAUUUUUUUGUUUUUCCUUUCUUUCCCCCCUUCCCCCUUUUUAUUUUGGUGAUAUUCACUUUUCAGGUAUUUGAUCUUUAAAAGAUGCAGAGGUACACACUCCAGAGGCCUUUCAAUGCAAUCCUGCCUCCCAUUGCCCCAGCCCUGCCCCUCUCUGCCCCUCAGAUCUCCCCACGUUCCAUUAUUAAUGUGAAACAAUCUCAGUCAUUCUGCGAUGAUUUAGCACCUGUUCUCGUGCUGGAAGCACUCACUUCGUGGUUGGGGAGGUUCUAUUUAUUUAUUAACUUUUAUUUUAAGUUGGAAGAAGGAUUGAUUGUCAGUUCUGGAGGAAUGCUUGGAUCCUGUUAAAUUCCCCUGAUCCAUCUGCAUGUUGCCCAGAGAUGUUUGGAGAGAUGAGCGAUGCUUUCAAUACAUUUCAGUGCAGAGGAAGUUAGUAGAGCUCUCUCUUGAGUAGCUGGCAGCAGCCUUAUGGUGCUGGAGGAAACUCUAAUUGGCCCAGAAAGUAAAAAGGGUGGGUGGGGAGGUGAGAAUUCCUGGGUACACCUUUGGUACUGCUCACUUCUUCAAAUUCUCUUCCUUAUUUUGAAGUAGCUCCACUAUUGAAUGUGAAGGUUUGCCUACAGGCCUGACUUAUUUCCCUCCUGCCUGUUGUACUCACCUAUGGAUCUGCCUGGUGGCCCCAAUGGGCACAGAUCUAUGUUGUCCCUGGCUGCUUUAAUCCUAAUGUUGAGAUGCGGGGACUGAUGUGGUGGGAACCCCUUUGGGCUGGUGCUGCUGCAGAAGGCAGGAGAUGCCCUGCUGCCUUACUCAGAUCAGCAGCUCAGGAUUUAAUUUAUUUAUAUUCUUCAUGAAGUUGGUGAUCCCUCUGGGCCCGCUUCUGUGCAAUCCCUGAGGGUAGAAUGAAGGGUAACUGCUGGAGGGAGGCAUGGCCCAGCUCUCCCCACCAUCCCACCCAGCCAUUCACCACCUUUCCAGGGGAGGUUUUUGGAUUUGGGAUUUAAUUUUUUUAUUAUUCUUCUUUUAAAUUCCUGUAAGCUGAGGCUGCCUGUAACCACAACCAGCGUUACUCCAAACACAACCCAAUGCCUCGCCUGGUAGAGCAUCCUUUAUGUCAAAUGAUUCCCACCCCGUCGAGUUCUCCCUUUGAGGUGUGCGUGUAUGGAAUGACAUCUGAGGGUUCCGACUGCUGUUCUCCAUUACUGAUCUUCACCAGUUUUCCUGACACUCCUGGAACUGUUCUGUGAAACACAUAAGUUUAUUUUUUAAAUGAACGUGAAGCACUGAGUUUGAUUCUUUCUUUUCCCUCCUUAAAGGUGUGCUUAAAAUACUGUAUUUCACCUUAUAAAGAAAAGAAUUGCCUAAAGCCUUCCCCCUCUGGUCCAAAACCUGAGCACUACCUACAUAAGUAAUAUGGGAUUGGUUUUUAUUAUCUUUUUUGUUAUAGCUAAGUACAUCCUCUCGAAGAAGAAAAAUUGAGAUAUACUUGUUGCAGCCUUGUCCCAUUCAUCUCUUAAACUAUGAAUGUACGUGUAAUGUGAAAUUUUGCUUCUAUUUAUAGUUUGGGGUUUUGUUUUCAGUCUGAUUUCUCAACUGUAAGAUAUUUUUGCUGAACCUGUUACAUAGGGGAGUCGUGGGAGAGUUCUUUAUCUUGAACUUAAGUGUCUUUGGUACUGUGGUCUUAUUCUACUUAAUCAGUUUCUGUUCUAUUUCUCCUUUUGUUGCUGUGAUUGGAAAUAGCACUGAACAAAAUCUACUAAAAUUAAGUUAUUUUUUUUUCCUUUCUACUAAAAUUAAGUUAUUUUUUUCUCUCCUGAAGAUACUUGAUAUAGUAUUUAUUAGCUUUUUUUGUUUUUUUGAAGUGGAGUUGUUACUGUUAAUCUAUUUCGAAACGAGUUACUUUACACUUUAAUAACGGUGGUUUUGCAUGUUGAACGACAUGUGAAGAGUUAAUGUAGAGUCAGCAUUACUGGAGCUGGAGAUCUUAAUUUUGCAUCCUUGUUACACUUUUUCCCGUUCAGCCUUCAGUCUGUUGGGGUGUUGUUUUCUUUUUGUUGGUUAUUUUUUUCAAGAGCAUAGAAGAGGAUGUGCCAUAAGACAUCCCUGGUGUAUGGAGCAGGGAAAGGUUGAACCAAGUUUGUGUCUGACGUUAGUAUAGGAAUAACUCAUUGAACUGAUGCUGUGAGCAUACUCUGUACUGCAGUGAAUACAGGACGAAAGUUUUAAAAGGAAAAGAAAAAAAAAGCCUUUUCUCAUUCUUUUCUCCAUCACAAACACUCUGUUCUCAUAGUCUGGUAUUUGUGCUCCCACUCGUCAUAGCUUGAAUUUCUAAAGUAAAGAUGUUUGCACUUAUUUUUGUUCUUAAGGUGACUUUUUUUUUUUUGCUCUCUUUCUGUGUCUCCGACUUGAAGCUGCAGUAGCUCUAAGUGUGUUUUCCAAGGGGUUCGUGGCUCUACAGAGAAGUACUCAAACCAUUGCACACUGGGCUCGUCUUUGCAGGAACUCUGUCACUGUGGGGCAGUCGCCGUCUCAGUAGGGGACGGUGCUGCGCUGCAUUUUAAACACUGGAUUUGUCUUCUACUGCAAACAAAUACUGUGAAGUUGAUGUAAAAACAAACAAAACAAACUCACAAAAAAAAAUCAUUGAUAUUUUUAAUUGUUUUUAAUCUUUGGUGCAGUUCAGAGUAAAUAUGUAUAUUUAAAGACACUAAUUUUUUUGUGGGAGAGUUUUAUAGUAUACAGUAUGUAGAAAAAGCUAUUGGAAUGGAGUAUAUUUUAUAAAGACGUUCUAUCACUGUUUUAUAGUGAACUAUUUUUCCUUCAGUGUUAGCGUUGUGCUGUUAGCCUAGGUCCGACAAUCGCAGGGAGAGUGACUUCAGCUGUUGUUAGCGCUUAGUUUUGCGUGGAGUUCUGUUUGCAACUGUAUUGGUAUGUGCUGUACAAUGUGACAAUCGUGACUAGGAUUGUUGUCUUUACGAAUUUCCACGAAAUAAAAUGUGCUAGAGUUGUAAACUUGA